GCACGCAGAGCGAGCGCAUCCGCGCGCCUCCCGCCCGGCCGUUAGCUCACGUGACGCCUCCUUUCCCCUCCCUCGGUUCUCCCAGGACUCAGGGGCGAGAGUCGCGCGGGGCGGCUCGGGUUUGGCCGCAACGUGUGUGGGACACGGACCUCGCCCAGCGGGCUCGGCUCCCAGAGCGGCGGCAGGUAUUUAAAAAAUGACAAAGUUGUUGAUUGAUGUUGACUGUGGAGUCGAUGAUGCUCAAGCCAUAAUGAUGGCUCUGGCAUCUCCCAGUGUUGAAAUUCUGGGAAUUACUUGCUGUUAUGGAAACACACUGUUGGAAAACGUCUGCAAAAAUGUACUUCGUGUGCUACAAGUUUGUAACAGGCUUGAGAUUCCAGUUUAUCAAGGUGCUUCUGCUCCCUUACUUGGUGGUCCUGUGGAAGGGGCUUUGUAUCAUGGAAGAGAUGGUUUGGGUGAUGUUCCUGAUCCGAAUGCUCCAGGAUUAGACCAUCUACAGAAAGAACAUGCUGUGAUUGCAAUGUUAAGAAUUGUUAGAGAGAAGCCUGGUAAGAUUUCUCUAGUUGCCACUGGUCCUUUGACUAAUCUAGCUUUGGCAGUGAAAUUGGAUCCAACAUUUCCUAUGAAGCUUAAAAAUAUGUUCAUCAUGGGAGGAAAUAUAGAAUCCAGAGGAAAUAUUACAGUCUGUGGAGAAUUCAAUUUUACAACUGAUCCAGAAGCUGCUUAUGUUGUCUUAAAUGAGUUCACUUGCCCUACUUAUAUUGCAACAUGGGAAUUUACAUGUCACAAUUCCUUGUCUUGGGAAUUCUAUCAUGAGUGGGUUAAUCAGGACACCAAAAAAGCUAAAUUCAUGGAGAAAAUAUCUGCUCACAGCAUAAAAUUCACAGAGUCAAAACACGAAAAUACAGGCAACAUCUUAUGGACUUCAGGAUUUGUGUCUUGUGAUUCCUAUGCUAUGGCUGCUGCAAUUGACGAGAGCUUUGUCACAAAAGCCAUAGAAGUUGCUGUAAGUGUGGAGCUGAAUGGCUCACUAACUAGAGGAAUGAUGGUAAUGGAUAUGACCGGUCUUCUUAAGAAGAAAAAUAAAGCUUUUGUCAUUAAUAAGUGUGAUUUAGAGAAGUUCAAGGGACUUCUCAUUGCUGCUUUAAAAUAACAUUUGGCUGUCUGAUAAAUGUCCCAGUCUUGUUAAUUUUGAACUGUAACUGUAGGUCUCAUUACAGUGGUAACUUUAGAUUCAUAGCUACCAUCAGACAAUCAUAAAAUUAUUUUUAGUUAAUAACUUUCUCUUAUGUCAGGUUUUCAACAAAGUCCAUUCAAGUGAAUAUGAAAAGGACCCAUUUAAAUCUAUAAUAGUGAGAGAAUUCAAAGUGCAAGUUAAAAUGGCAGCCUAAUUGUUAGAUAACUCUGAAUGCACUUAUUACCUGGUAGGCUAGUACUCUAGUUUAGCAUGUAAAUACUUAACUUACCCAAGUUUCAAAAAAUGCAUUUACUCGGUAGACAGAAACAGCAACUGAAAUCUAGAAUAUACAUAUAAAUUAUGAUCUGUCAUCAGUUUGUAAGAUGGAGAAGAUAGACUGUUCUAAUUCCCACUGCUU